AUGGGCAUCCUCAUGGACGACAACAUUCAUGCUCCUACGGUGGCUUCCGGACCGACGUCCGGAGUCACGCCGCCCGACUUCUCCAAACUUAGCAUGCCAGAGUUGAUGCAGCAGAAGGAACGAAUUGAAGCAGAGCUCACGGCGCUUAGCAGCGUUCUCAGCUCGCAUGGAGUCAACAUGAACUCUUCUCUUACAACGUUUGAUGGCUUCCCGCGAGAUGAUAUUGAUAUUGCUCAAGUGCGAACAACGCGUGUGCGAAUCAUUCAUCUACGCAAUGAUCAUAAAGAUGUCAUGAAAUAUCUUGAAAAGGCCCUUCACGCCCAUUUUGCUCAACUUCAAAAUGCUCCAGCUGGGGAAUCGGCUCCUAAUGGCACGUCUGCUGCCCCCGUGGCCUUAUCUUCUGCCGUGGACGAUUCCACGGGGAACCCCGGUGCCCUGGGCACUCCAUUCGCUCGAGUCAACACCGUUGAAUCGGCAAGCCCAGCUGCUGAAGCGGGUUUGAAGACCGGCGACCUAAUUCGCUCGUUUGGUACCGUACACUGGCUCAACCAUGAGCGCCUGUCAAAGGUCGCUGAAGCAGUGCAACAAAACGAGGGCCGCCCGCUUACUGUGAAGGUGAGUAGAAAGACUGACGGCGCGACCGAAGCUGUGGAGGUAGAUCUACAGUUGACUCCACGCCGCAACUGGGGAGGCCGCGGUCUUCUGGGUUGCCAUCUAGUGCCUCUGUAG